AUGGCUGACCCACACACAGAGCCAAAGCUUCUGCGGCGACCAGCUUGGCAGCUCACCGCGCCCCGCCUGCUCAUUCUCUCGCUCCUAUUCCACCUCGUCUUUGUCCGGAGCAUCUUCGACGUCUACUUCUCCUCGCCGGUCGUGCAGGUUUCGGACAGGUACGCGGUGACGCAUGAGGAUGGGCGAGGGCUGGCAAAGCGCGUCGUGCUGUUCGUCGGCGACGGCCUACGAGCCGACAAGCUCUUCCAGACGUACCCCAAUCCGCCAUUCCCUUCCUCCGACCCUCCUCCUUCGCCUGUUCCCUCUCCUCACGCGCUCAUCCCGCCGUCUUCCUCCUUCGAUGACGAGCUCACUACUCCCGCACCCUUCAUUCGCUCACUAAUUCAGUCUGGCCAGGCGCAGUGGGGCGUGUCGCACACUCGCGUUCCAACGGAAAGUCGACCGGGACAUGUUGCGCUCAUUGGAGGGAUGUACGAGGACGUGUCGGCUGUGACGCGAGGAUGGACGACGAACCCCGUUCCGUUCGACUCGGUCUUCAACCAGUCCUCGCACGCCUUCACCUUCGGCUCGCCCGACAUCCUCCCAAUGUUCGCCCUCGGGGCUUCGGAUCCCCACCGCGUUGCAACCUUCAGCUACGACGAGGAUGCGGAGGACUUUACCUCCGACGCCGUUCACCUCGACCUCUGGGUUCUCGACCAGCUCCCGUCGCUCCUUCAGAACGCUUCGUUCAACCCGGCGCUGAAAGCAAAACUCGAUGCGCCAGGUGUGGUCUUCUUCGAACACCUCCUCGGCCUCGACACAACAGGCCACUCGUACCGACCCCACGGCCCCGAGUACCACCGCAACAUCCGAGUCGUCGACUAUGUCGUUUCGCGGACUGUCGAGCUCUUGUCGGAGUACUACGGGGACGACGGGGAGACGGCGUUUGUCUUUACGGCGGAUCAUGGGAUGAGCAGUUUGGGGAAUCAUGGAGAUGGGCACCCGGAUAAUACGAGGACGCCGCUGGUGGUUUGGGGAAAGGGUGUGAGGAGGCGAGAGUACUGGGAGGAGCCGACGAGGCACGAUGAAUACUCGGCGAGUUGGGGUCUGAAGGGUGUCAGGCGGGACGUUGAGCAGGCGGAUAUUGCGGUUCUCAUGGCUGUCCUCGCAGGCGUCCCGAUUCCGGCUAAUUCGGCCGGCCGCCUGCCGCUCGAAUACCUCGACGCCUCACCCUCGUUCCGCGCGCGAGCGGCCUUCGCGAACGCGCAGCAACUGCUCGCCGAGGCAGAAGCUAAGAGCGAGCUGAAACGCCGGCAUGCUCUCUCGUUCCGCCCCUUCCCUGAACUUGUCGACUCACCCGCGCAUGGCUAUCUCUCUCCAUCGUCGCAUCGAAGGGACAUUCAGCGGCUCAUUGACGAGGGCGAGUACCUUGAGGCGGAAAAGCGCAGCGUUGAGCUGGGCGAGAUCGCGUUGAGGGCGUCAAGUUACUUCCAAAAAUACGACUGGCUGAUGCUGCGAACGGUCGUCACGAUCGGCUACCUCAGCUUCAUGCUCCUCACCGCCCACUCGAUCCUCUCUUCCUCCGCGGCGCCUUCCUCCCCAUCCCGCCUCACCGUCCUCCCUCUUCUCGCCUUUCUCGCUCUCUCCCUACGCUUCGCCAUCGAGCACGCUCCUCUUUCCUACUACCUCUACGCCUUCUUCCCUUCGCUCUUCACCUUCCUCGCCCUCCGCAACCCUUCCCCACUUCUCUCGCUCCUCCACCCUCCGACCUCCGGCAUUCCCCUUUCUCAUCGUCUAGCAGGCGGCCUCUCCUCCAUCCUCAUUCUCGAAACGAUGGCUUACGGGUACACCUCCCGCCGCGCCUUCGCCCUCAUCGCGCUCGCAAUGGGCUUCAUCUGGCCUCUCACGCUCGACGGACGGUGGAGGAAGGAGAAUGGCGGGCUUGUAAGAGGAUGGGUGGCGGCGAUGGGCGUAUUAGCCGUCUUUCCGGUGUUACCGGUCGAGAAGGGUGAGGAUCUGAGGGUCGUCUCGGCGGGUGCAGCGCUCAUCUGCAAAUUGGGUCUCGUCGCGAUCCGCUCGCUGAGACGAUUAGACUCGCCGACCUGGACUCGGACAAGGCGGUUCUUGCUGGCCGAGAUCGCCUUGACCGUCGCCUGCACCGCUGUGACUUGCUCAUCGGCGCUGAGUCUGCAACGCAAGGAGGGUCUGCCGGCGCUGAACCAGUAUAUGGGCUGGGUCAUCCUUGUGGCCUCCUCUGUCCUCCCAAUCCUUCACGGCCGCCCGCACGGUCAGCCGCCUCUCGAGCGCCUCUCGGUCCUCCUCUUCGCCUUCGGACCGGCAUUCACCAUCCUCUCGCUCUCGUACGAAGCGCUCUUCUAUGCAUGCUUCUGCCUCGCGUUGGUCUCGUGGAUGAAAAUGGAGGCGAGCUUGGCGCGAGCGGAGGGGAAGAAGGAGGACGAGGGUAUGGGCCUGAAGCAUGUCAGGAUUAGUCUGUUCUUCCUCGCUUUCCUGCACCUCGGCUUCUUCGGAUGCGGCAACGUCGCGAGUAUCAGCUCGUUCUACCUCGAGCCCGUCUAUCGCCUGAUGACGGUCUUUGCACCGUUCCCGAUGGGCGCACUCCUACUUUUCAAGCUGCUCAUCCCCUUUGUCGCCCUAUCGGCCGUCUCCAGCGCGAUCAACCACCAUCUCCGCCUCCCUCCUCUUUCCCUCUUCCUCGUCGGCUCGAUUCUCUCCGAGAUUCUGACGAUCAACUUCUUCUUCCGCGUCAACGAUACCGGCUCGUGGCUCGAAAUUGGCAGCUCCAUCACGAACUUCGUCAUCUGUUCGCUCAUCGGGUUGUUCAGCUCGGCGCUUCUGGCGGGCGGAGAGGGGUUGCUCAAGGGGACGGCGGUGGGUGUGUAG